AAACAAGUUUGAAUGCGGCGCUAGCACAACGAGUCCAAUUUCUAAUUGUAGGCGCGUCAUGAACUUCAUUAAGCAUUUCAUACUGCCACCGAGCAGACGCUGCCUCUACCGCUGCAGAGCAACGCCAACUCCAACGCCGCAGAGAGCGCUUGCAACAGAGAGCAACAAUCACUUGAUUUCACAACAAAGCAAUAACUUACAUCAAAAGAACAUGGCCUGCCUGGAUACCACCGUGCACUCCGCUGGCAUUGCCGAAGUCCAUGAUGUACCUAUGGAAGUUAUCAAACGACCAAUACCGUCCGUUUUGGAUGAGCUAAAAGUGCAAUCACUUAUGACCACCAUCAACCAGGAGAGCAGCGAGGCUGAGGUGCCACCAGUGGAUAUCUUGUGGAUUGUCGGCAGUGAAGGUGGCAAUUACUAUUUUAGUUUUGGCGGCUGUCAUCGCUUUGAGGCCUAUAAACGUCUAAAUCGGCCCACAAUCAAGGCAAAAUUAGUGCGCUCUACUUUGGGUGAUCUUUAUCAUUAUAUGGGCUCCAGUGCGCCCAAGUAUUUGGCGUAAAAUUGUUAACACUUUCUCGAAUACUUUUGUUGUUGAAACUGUAAUGCAAAUGAAAAUGUUAUAAAUUUAUUAUGAUUGUUGCGCUCUAUGA